AUGAGUGAAAAGAAGGCAGCAUCCUCGUCUUCGGAAGACGCUUUGUUUGUGGAUCCUCUUCAAAUUAAAAUUAAAAACUUUUUAGAAAAGGCUAAGACUGUUAAUUUACUAGAGAAUUUAAAAUCUCAACGACAGUUUCACAAUCCAGAAAUUUUAAACAAGAUUAUGAAAGAAUUUUCAUUGAGUGAUGAAUAUGGCACAAAUACCCCAGAGCAUUUAUAUACUCCAGUGGAUUUGAAUAAUUAUAAAGAGUUAUGCAAAAAGAGACAACAAGAUCAAGAAAAACAAAAUUUUAUUCAAAUGCAAAAAGCUAAAUACAGAAAGUAG